CCGACGGCUGUCUCGUUUUCGCACGUGCGCACAAACCACUCGACACACACACACACACACUGAAAAGCACUUCGCCUGCUAACGAGUUGCGCCAACAACACAUGGGCAUACACACACGCACUUGCACACACAUUCGAAGUAGGCGUAUAGAAACACGUCACGAGAUGUGGAUGGUUUUUUUUGAGCUCGAACAGCGCUGACCGGGGGGAACAUCAAUGGUGCCUUCGAAACUGUGACUGUACCCAUCCUCGAACCUGUCUUGAUUCCAUCCCAGUAUAGAAACUGAUACAAAACUUGUACUAGUUCCGGAACUAGUACCAAAACCGAUCUGACGCCAGGAACUAAUUCUGCACGGUACUGUAUUAUCGCCGUUGAGGGACUGGUGAUGUUCUUGUCUUUGAAUCUACAACAGUACCGUACCUGUCCUACUCCAGUUACUGAGCCCGAACCUGCUUCCGUAGCGAAUGUGAAUGUCGGCAAAUAACGACAACGCGCAACAGCAAAUCUAGUUUGCAUUUCGUCUACAAACGCACCCGUAGCAAAACGUAAACACAACAAACGCCCAUACGUCAAAACAAACCACCUUGCCCGGUGAGCUGUCAAAAGUGCGCUGCAUCGUCGGCCCGAGCCGUGCUUGCGGAUUGCUUUGCCGAAAGCCCGUACGACAAACACACACACACACACCACCAUGCACUGUGCCUUGAGACGACCCGCCCUCUUUCUUCAGCGCCGGCUGCUGGCGGUAGUGCAGCUAGCGCCCCACAACAACCUCCGCGCGUUCGGUGGAACGGGACAGCACGGGCGCAGUGACGGUUCCGGCGAGCACAGUGACUCCUGGAGCGCGCAGAAGGUCGGCCUCACCGCAACGCUCGCGCUGGCCGGCAUGUUCGGGCUGCUCGCCUACAACACCCGGCCCGACCAGAGCAAACGGAAAGCUACCGGCUGGCCAGCGUUCGGUUUCCUCCCCACCGUCAGUGCGAAAACGAGCGCGACCGCGGGUAACCGGCAGCAGUACAACUUCAUUGCGGACGCGGUGGAAAUAUCCGCGCCCGCCGUCGUGUUCAUCGAGAUCCGGGACCGGCAGCGUGUGGACUUUUUCACCCGCGAACCGGUGACGGUGUCGAACGGGUCCGGCUUCAUCAUCGAGCGGGACGGGCUGAUCCUCACGAACGCGCACGUGGUGGUGAGCAAACCGCACACGCUGGUCACGGUGCGGCUCACGGACGGGCGCACCUUUCCCGGGCAGGUCGAGCACGUCGACCCGACGUCCGAUCUGGCGACGGUGCGCAUACGGUGCGACAAUCUGCCCACGCUCCGGCUCGGCAGCUCGGCCGAUCUGCGGCCCGGCGAGUGGGUGGUCGCGCUCGGCAGUCCGCUCGCGCUGAACAACACGGUGACGGCGGGUGUCGUCAGCUCGACUCAGCGUGCCUCCCAGGAGCUGGGGCUGCGCGGUAAGGACAUCAACUACAUCCAGACGGACGCGGCGAUCACGUUCGGCAACUCGGGCGGCCCGCUGGUCAACCUGGACGGGGAGGCGAUCGGCAUCAACAGCAUGAAGGUGACGUCCGGCAUCAGCUUUGCCAUCCCGAUCGAUCACGCGAAAGCGUUUCUGCGCAAGAUCCAUGAAACGGCGGGGACGGCCGGCGGCCGGCGGCUGUCGAGCGGUGCGCCCAGCUACCGGCGCUACAUCGGCAUCACGAUGCUGAGCCUGACGCCGGACAUACUGCACGAGCUGCAGCAGCGCAACCACAACUUUCCACCGACCGUGCGCGGCGGCGUGCUGGUGUGGAAGGUCAUCCAAGGAUCGCCGGCGCACAGCGGUGGCCUUCAGCCGGGCGAUAUUAUAACGCACAUCAACGGGAAGGAGAUAAACAGUUCCGGCGACGUGUACGAGCUGCUGGCGGCGCAGGAGAAAAAGCUCGCCAUCACGAUCUAUCGCGGGCAGCAGCCGGCCACCGUGCACGUUUUUCCCGAGGACACGACCGCGUAGGCUUUCGUGACUUUACUUUAAAUUUUACUUAAUAUUUUUAGUAGAAGCAUCACAACGGAUGUUUUGCAAGGCCAUUGCUGCAAAAUGUCACUGUCAAUGUCAUGAAAAAAUGCUGACUGCAACAAAAUCCAUAUCAGCGUCACGUACUCUAUUGUGAUCAGAAGUGAUACUCAAAAUGAUUGGUGUGAUCAAUGUACGCCUCGUGACAUUUUUGUGACCAUCGCUCGGUCAGUCACUAUGUCAUGACUUUUUUUUUGCUGUGAUCAGUUCUGCAAAAUGUCACUGACAAAGUCUUAACCCAUGUCUUAACAAUCACUUAACAAAAUGUCAUCAAAUAUGUGAUUGAUCCACCUACUGUAUGAGUCUCACUCCCUGAGCAUCACAGUUGUGUACGUGAGCUGAUUUGAGCUUCGUUUCAGUCUGUUGGUGGCAGCACUGUUCACAGUCAGAAAAAGUCAUGAUUCUGCUAGUGACGGCAUUAAGCUUAGCUUGUGAGUCAGAGUGUCGCGGUUGACUCAAUCACUCGCAUCUCAUGCCAUGACGCACUUUCGUUGAGUAUCAGCAAUGAGCGUCAAGCUACCACGGAUAUGUUAUUGUUUUUUGUUGGUAAAUAUCUCGUGAUGAUCAUGACAUUUUGCAGCCCUGCGCAAGACAUGCUACCACGAUUAGUGAGAUUAGUGCAUUGGUGCGAGUAAGAGAACGACAUUUGCGAAUAUACGUAGACGCUAUUUAUUUUGCCUCACAUACAAAAAAAAGAAGGAAAACAAUUCUACCUCUACAAAACACA